AUGGAUAAAGAUCAUAAGCAUGGUUACGAGAAACCCUACGAAGAUUCAGAAAAGAGGAUGAAAAGGUCUUCUUCUUCACUAUCAAGUGAUGAAGAAGAUGAUACUAAGGAUGAGGUUUCUAUUCAGGAAUCUACACAUCAAUGCAAUGUUUGUGGAAAAACUUUUAGCAAUGGAAAAGCGUUGGGCGGUCACCGCAGAUCUCACUUUCUUAAAAAGAAACUUAAUCAUCGUUCACAAAAGGUAAAAACCCCUCUCUCAAUACAAGGUAGUUAUAAUAGGGCUAGUUUUGAUAAAGAUAGUAAGCAUGGUUUUGAGAACACCUGUGAAGAGUCGGAAAAGAGGAUAAAGAGGUCUUUUAGUUCUCUAUCAAGUGAUGAAGAUGAUGCUAAGGAUGAGGUUUCUAUCCCAGAACACGAAUGUAAUAUCUGUGGAAAAACUUUUAGCAACGGAAAAGCAUUGGGUGGCCACCGGAGAUCUCACUUUCUUAAGAAGAAACUAAAUCAUCAUCCACAAAAGGUAAAAAGCCCUUUUUCAAUACAAGGUAAUAAUAAUAGGGCUAGUUUUGAUGAUUAUGAUGAUGAAGAAGAAAUUGGUGGCAUAAAGAAACCGAUCAAGAAACCAACUUGUUCUAUCUGCGAGAAGAAGUUUCCAACCAAGAAUGCUUUGUAUGGUCACAUGAGGUCUCACCCGAAUAGAGAUUUUAAAGGACUUAAUCCUCCCACUGAAUAUCAUAAAGAAGAUCAAGAUGAUGGUGAUUUAUCUUUGCCAAAAUGGCAGAAGAGAGAUAGAAGAGGUAGAAAGUGUAUUGGUAGUGUCGAGGCGGCUGCAAAUCUUUUGCACCUUCGUUAUGACAAGAACUUUUGUGUUGGUGAAUCAUCAUCAAAUGGGAAUGGCAAGAAUGAGCUUGGUGGUGAUAGAAACAGCAGUGAUAAGCAACUAAAGAAAGGAAAAGGUUUAUUUGAUUUGAAUGAGUCGUAUGUUAUAGAGGACUAA